UAUUUAAAUGGGACACAGCUGACAGUCCCGUUACAAUCCAGAGAGAUCCGCAAAUAAAAGUGCAACGAGCUGUCGCGCUCCAAAGGUGAAAGCAGCCGGUAACUCUGUUACUGUUGCAAUGGAGUUGGCGCGCAACGUCACUGGGCCGGACGCGCUCUCGCCGCAGCAGACCACCGGAGUCUCCUCGCCCGGGGGAAGCGUCGGUAACGCGUAUUUGUACAUCGUCAUCGUGGUGUCCUUCUACGGAGUUUUCCUCAUCGGGAUCAUGCUUGUUUACAUGCGCACCGAGCGGCGCGAGAAGAAGCGCUCAAAUGCGUUCACGCGUCUGCACGAGGAGGAGCAGCGCGAGUGGGGCGCGGGGCAAAAUAAGCAAAGUUUAAGCCUCCACACGUUGCGCUCCACACCGGUGCCGUUCAUGCUGUGCGCCGGCCGGCACACUGGCUGCGCGCUCGAGGGCGGGAAGGUUUUCGCACCUCUCGCGUGCGCGCUGUGCUCGGUGGAGCAAAGCAGCGUGAGUUCUCUCAGCUCCACCGCAGACGUGCGCUUCGCCAUCGAGGAGGAGUCGGACAUCGGCGUUACCGGUGAAGGACCCGAGGGCUCGCUGAAGACAGGCUCCGUCUCGGACCACAACAGCGACGGAUCGUCAGGGGAAAACCUCAAAGAAGCGUCCUGAGGUUUCGUCACCGCGCCAGAACGUUACCUUGGUAACCAUAGUUCCCGCCAAAUACAAUACUGUGACUAUUACGCAUUGGCCUAAGUUAAAAUAUCGGAAAGGUUCCUGCCAGUAGGCUAUAUGAAGGAGAUGCCUUAUUAAUUGUAUGUAGUUUAGUUAUUUUAAAAUAUAGUAACAAUGGUGAUUUGUUUUUUUAAGGGACUGUGCCAAUAAUUACCAUGGUAACCAUAUUUAGUUCCCACCAAAAUACCGGUUACCAGUGGCGGAGCUAGAGGGUGGCAGGGGUGGCCGUGGCCACCAUGGAACGAACCCUGGCCACCCCACUUGUCAUUGCCGUUUUGGGCAUUUUUGUGUCUUGGGCACAAUUUAGUUUUUUAGAGGUGGAACCAUCUCUGUAUAACCGCAACACACAGGAGACUUAACAUGUGAGCACCACACCUCUCCGUCCCAGGUGGCACUAUAUCCGAUCCCCUCUGUUUUAUUAUCCACGUGCCUCCGCUUUCUACACCAACAACCCCCACCACCCACCACAGACUGAUCACUGGCCCCUGUCCGGCCACCUCCAUGAAAAACUCCUGGCUCCGCCCCUGCCUGUUUUACAAGUGUUGUUACCUUAAAACUAUACGGUAACUCGGUCACAACUGUGAUUUAAAAAGAAAUGACCAAAUAUUUCAGAAAGCAUUGUACAGUGUUUGAAGCAGUUUCCAUAUUCAUGUACUGCGAUAAUACAGUAGUAUCGUAGGCUGUUUUAGCGAGAACCUUGGUUACCAUGGUAAUGUAACACGGCCCUCGACUCAGAGGCAAAUGUGACUGCUACAAACGUCGUGAUAAACCUGGAAACUACUUGAAAAAACGUAUAUAUAUUUAUAUGUUGUCAUGUAGACCUGCACGUAACCAUAACGAUCUGUAUAUAUUGUCCUACAUGUCUAUUUAGUUGUAUCUUAUUUCAUUGUGUCACUUUGCAAAAAUUAAACGUUUCUUUAAAAAGUAUAUUGGUAUAUAUUGGUUUCUAUUAAUAUUUGCAUUUGCCUACUAUUAUCAAACGAGGGAGUCAGAGACCACAGGGGCCCCUUAAGGGAAUCUUAAAAUAUGUGCUGAACCCCCUGGUGUAUGUGUAAAGAGUGUGUGAGGUCUCUUGGCGUCACUGUAUUUAUAAACAUUUUUCAUUCUUGUAUUCCCCUUUGGAAUG